AUUCACAGCUGGACAAUACUAAUAAGAAAGAAGAAGCUCGAUUCUUUGACGUCAUGCUAAUGAAUGUCACCAGUCUAAUUAAUUGGUAAAAAUCCAUUAGAAUAAUAAAAUUAAAUACGGAUAUUGUUAGAAUUGGUGAUAAAGAGUGUGUAAAUGCGAUGACUGUUUUUAUUUUUUUAGAAAACUGCCAAGAUGGACAAAUUUGCUGUUGAUUUAGAUCAAGUUCUUAAUGAUUUUGAAUAUAGUGAAUUAACAGACCAGUACAGCAGUACGGUAAGAAAUCCCGCAGAUACUUCUAGUUCUGUUCAACAUAACGUUACUAAACAUUCAAUUAACAAUGUAUUUCACAGUUUAAAUGAGUAUUUAAACACUAGUGUUGAGAUACCUUCAGAAAACAAUAUAAAAACAGUUGGAGAUGAAGAAAAACCAUUUAAAAAUACUGAAACUUGUUAUAAUAAAUUCCCUCGAGAUAACAGCAAAAAAAACAUUGGAAAUGAUGGUAGUAAUCAUAGUAUAACAAUUUUGGAAAGACAAAAUGAAGGCAAACAUGAAAAUGAAACUAAAGAUUGUGAAAAUGAUAUUCUAAUAAAAGAAAAACAUGAAAAUGAUGCUGGAGAUUGUGAUAAUGAUGUUUUAAUAAAAGAAAAAGAUGAAAUACAUAAAAAUGAUACUGGAGAUUGUGAUAUGGAUAUUUUAGUAAACGUAAAAGAUAAAAUACACAAAAAUAAUGAUGAUUGUGAUAAUGCAAUGUUAAUAGAAGAAAAAGAUAAAACACAUGCUCUUGAUGCUGGAGAUUGUGAGAAUGAUAAGCGUGUAAGAGAAAGUAAAGAGAAAGAUGAAAAUGAUGUGGGAAAUGGUGAUAGUACAGAAUUUAAACAGGUCUGUGUAGAAAUGGAAGUAUUAACUUUAGCAGAUCAUGCUACAAAUUGUGAAUCAUCUUUAGAUGACUGUAUUAAAAUUAACAAAAAGGAAAUUGAAGAAGACAUUAGUGACAACGAAUCUGUGGUUUCAAAAAGUAGAAAAAACACAGAAUCAACAAAAGAAGAUAUAUUGAUAGAUUUUGACAUCUCGACUGAUGUUUCUGAAGAUUGUAAGACUGAGCCGAAAGAAAAUCUCAUCCAAAUAAAUGUUACAAAUAUGUCAGCAACUGAAAAUGAUAUUACAGAAGAAAAAGAAGUAUCUGAUAUUAAGGAUGAUGAAGUUUUAGCUAAACAUACCUUAGAUAAAAGUGAAGAAUUAGAAAAUAGUGUUGUAGAUAAAAUUAUAAAUAUAGUUGGUUUUGAAACUGUGAAUGAUGUACAUGAAGAAGAGAUGGAAGAUUUGUUGGCAGAGCUAGAGGGGGAUCAAGACCUAAUAAUGGAAGAAUCUCAAAUACUGAAUGAAGAUGUAAAGAAAAAACAAAUAGAAAUAGAAGGUUAUCCCCAUGAUAAUCAAAUUGCGAAUGAAACAGAAGAAAAGCUACAUAAAGAAGAAGAACCUACACCUACCAUAUCAUCUUCCAAACAAGAUACAGUAACUUUGUCUGAACCAGAACACCCCGUAGAAGAUGAUAUAAAAAUAGACAAAACCAAAGUUGAAGAAUGUGAAAUAUCUAAGAAAAAAUUGGAUGCUACAUCAGAAAAUGUGAAUAAUGAAAAAAUAGUAGCAGAGCAACUAAUAGAAGAUACAGUAACUAAAGAUUCUAUUAAUAAUGUUGAAGAUGAAGAAGAAUUAAGUGGGAAGGAAGAAGAUGAAGUUGAGACUGAAAUUGAUAAAAAUCCAGCUCAAUUUGAACGUCAAGAUAGUACCUCUAGACCUCAACAUUUACCUCUUAAAGAAGAAGAAAUUGAAAAACAAAGGGAAAUAAAUCUUAUUGGUGAUCCAGGUUCUACACCAUACAAUAAUGUGUAUGUAAACCAAGAAAUAACCAAACAGGAAAGAGAUACAGAAUCUAUAUCUUCAACAUCAUCUAAUUCUGACACUGGUAGUACUGUUUCUACGGCUUCUACUGAAGAAAUAAGAGAUGACAAUGAUGAAACAAACACCAAUACAAAAGAACAACUAGUAAUUGCCAUUGAAAAUGAACAAGUGGAAAAUGUAGAACCUUCUGGUGAUACAACUGUAGAAGUAUCAGAAGUAAGUGGUAGGGAAGAAAAUGAAGAUAGACCUUUGGGGGAAGUAAAUGUCAGUUCUAAUAAUCCGGAAAGGGAAUGGUUAGGAAAAGAAGCACCCCUAUGGAUACCGGAUUCAGAUACUACAAGUUGCUUGCAUUGUGAUAUGAAAUUUACAGUUUUGAAGAGGCGUCAUCACUGUAGGGCAUGUGGAUUGGUACUCUGUUCAAAAUGUUGUCACCUUCGAUUCAAAUUGGAGUAUUUAGAUGCCGAGGCUAGAGUCUGUAACAAGUGUCACAAUAUUUUGAAUAAAGAUACAAAUAGUAGUUCCAGUUCAGAUCUAUCGCCCGAUCAUGCGAGUUCUCCUCUCAGACGACCGAAUCCCAACAAUCCUCUGGAGUAUUGCUCCACCAUAUCUCCCCUACAACAAGUGGGUGUUACUGCAAGCAAUCCUGUGCCAGCUGUUAUGGUACCUGUCGGAGUUUUGAAACGAAAAGGUAGCAACAAAGCGAAAUCAAAUAAAAGCGUCAUGUUUUGCGAUGGUAUACGACCUGGUAGCGAUUUAACAAAUUUAGAUAACGAUUUCAAUUAUAACAAUACCAAAACUAAAAAAUUGGAGAAGACUAGUACGUUGGCGGGCAAAAUAAAUAGAAAUUUACCAUUGAUAGAUUCGGAAACGAAUUCUUUUAUACCGAAAAGCGAAAACAGUUUACCACCUUUAGUAACAAUAUUUAAAUCUGAUAUAACGUACACAGAUUGCCAAAACAACCCUUCCACUGUGGAAAUGUUGAAAGAGAAUCAACUCACUUUUGCCCUUUUGUUGAAUUUGUAUGUCCAUUUGAAAAUUAUCAACAUGAAUUGUUGUUUAAAUAAAAUGGCGUGGUGCUUUUCCACUGAAGGAUUAAUAAAUGUCGGCCAGGACGAAAUUGUAAUAAUUUUGGAAUAUAUUGACGAAGAAUCAUUCGUACCCAAGGACGUUUUUUACCAUAUUAACCAGAUUUACAGCGAAGCAGUGAAAGGAACUUCUGUUAAAGAAAUGGGUAUUUCAUUACACAAUUCAUCGAAUUUUUUGGAUUCGAAAAACCACGCAGGAUUCGUUUAUAUCCGUCCUACUUUUCAGUGUCUAGAAAAUGUGAUAAAACCCAAAGAACCAUAUCUGAUCGGUAUAUUAAUACAUAGAUGGGAAACCCCUUGGGCCAAAUUGUUCCCUCUUCGACUGAUUUUAAGGUUAGGAGCAGAAUAUAGGUAUUAUCCUUGCCCUGUGAUAUCAAGUCGACAUCGGGACAGCGUCUUUGUAGAAAUUGGACAUACGAUCAUUAAUCUAUUGGCAGAUUUUAGAAAUUUCUCUUACACCCUACCACAAAUUAAUGGUCUAACCAUACAUAUGGAAGAUAAAAAAACUACAGUUACCAUUCCGGUUAAUAGAUACGAUCAAGUAAUCAAAUCUAUAAACAAUUCGAGCGAUCACAUAUUAGCUUUCGGUGGAACUUUCAGUGAAGUAGCAGAUUCCCAUUUGGUCUGUAUUCAAGAUACGCAAGGAAACGAAAAUUGUUAUUCAACUCAUUCAAUCAAUAUUCAUAACAAACCAAGAAAAGUUACCGGUACAAGUUUUAUAGUAUUUAAUGGAGCAUUGAAGUCUUCCAGUGGUCUAACUGCUAAAUCUAAUAUAGUAGAAGACGGCCUAAUGAUCCAAGUAUUGUCAGAAAGUAUGCAACAAAUUAGGGAUAAUUUGAGAGCAAUGAAAAAUCAUACGAUAUCUUGUGGUUGUGUUAACGCAGAUUCUGACGAAACCGUUAGUAUUGUAUGGGGCGAGAAUGACGUUAAUUUUAAUAUAGGAGUAACAUCAGCGAUCGAUGGAUUGGCUUUAAACGGCAUACCAUCUAUCAGGGUACACAACGGUCAAAAUUAUAGCGCAAACGGAAAUCGAAUAAUAAAAUGGACGGAGGUGUUUAUCAUUCAAAAUGACGAUGAUAGUAGAAAAAAUCAAGAUCCAAUAGAUAUAUCUAGACUAUCGGAAGGAAUAGCUAAAGCUGUUUGCGACGCGCUUGUUAAUUAUCUAGAUUUAUUGGUUACUAACAAUUUUUAUAAGAUUGGAAUCAGGACUAACCUACAAGUAGACAAUGUGUCAUACUGCGGGGGUAGUAACAACACAAAAUUACCACCGAUAUAUAUGAAAAGUUUGGAUAACGAGUUAAUUCCAGUCCUACAUAGAUUAACAUCAAAUAAUCUUGGUGAAAAUUGUAUAAUUUUAGAACUAAUAUUUCGAAUACUUAACGUUUGAAAUAAUUUGCGACAAUAACAUUAUUGGAUUUUGCAUAUUAUAUCCAGCCAAUAGAAUGGUUAAGGUGUAGUAGCUAAAUAGUACCAUAUCCAUUAUUUUCAUUUAAAUUUAUAAAAAUGUGACUGUAAUUUGAUUUUUUUCGGUAUAUAAAAUUUUUCUAAACACAUAAAACAAAAAUCAGACUGAAGCGAAUUUUUUUUUAUUGAUGAAGUUUUGGUCCAAAUUUCUUGGGAAGUUAUUUCAGCGUUAAUCACUUUCCAGGACAUUUUCCAUUGUAACUGAUUGUCUGAGGUGUAUUUUGUCCACUACGGGAUGUAAAGGUUUUCAUUUACAUUUCUAAAGUUAUUUUUUUUGUCACAGAUGUCUUCUUUCUAUGUAAUGUUUGGUAAACGACUGCUACUUAUUGAAGCCUAAAUAAAACAUAAAUCAUGAUUGAAUUUUUGUUCGAAUCCACAAUCUUCAAAAAUUAGUGACCAAUUAAAAGUUUUAUGAUUGUAUUACAUCCUUUUCAUGGAUAAAUUACAAAAAACUGAUUACAAUUUUUCUUUCAUUGAUAAUUUUCAAGUUUGUGAUUUAACGUUCUGUGCUAAACCUUUCCACCCUCCUUGUGACUAUAGUGAUAGUUAAUAUUGCAUUCAAUAUUUCUAUGUACUAAUUCACUGGUAACACAAAUAAUUGUUACAUUCUUCCCGUGGAUAAAUUAAAAAAAGUCAUAAAAAUUUUGUUUCUGUUGAAAACUUUUAAAAAUUUUUGUUUUGUGACUAAUAUAAUAUUUGGUGAACACCCUGACAGUUCUUACAAUCCACAUAUCGCAAUUUUAUUGCCAUAGAAUGAGAUUUUCUGUGGCACAGACGUAGGGUUUCCAUUUUCGUUUCUAAAAUUGUUUUUUGUGUCUUGAAUGUAUUCUUUCUAUGUAAUGUAUUUGGUAAAAGAUUUCUACUUAUUUAAGCCGAAAUCAAUUAGAAAUCAUCAUGAAAAUUUUGUUUUAAUCGAUAGUUUUUGCCAAUUAGUGCCCAACUAAAAGUUCCGUGGUAAUUCUGAUCGUAUUACAUUAUUUUCAUGUAUAAAUUAUGAAAAAUUAUUACCAUUUUUCUUCUACUGAUAAUCUCUGCAAGAUUACGUCUCGUGAACAAUUUAACGUUCUGUUCUAAACUUUUUAACCCUUCUUGUGACUGUAGGGGUGGUAAAUAGUUUGUUCAAUAUUUGGUGGACAAACUGACAGUUCUUGUAAUCCACAUAUCACAAUUUUAUUGCCAUCAAAUGAGAUUUUUUGUGGUAGCUUUUAUAUUUGUCUACUUCAGGAUGUAAGUUUUUCAUUUUCCUUCUUGAAUUUAAUUUUUGUGUCUUGGAUGCAUUAUUUUUAUCUAAUCUGUCUGUUACCUUCACCUCUCUAAGCAUUUAUUUGCAAAUUAUCACAUUGCUCUUCAUGUAUCUAAAAACAUUCAUUUUUGUAUAUUUUGUUUGUGUAUUUUUUAUUGAUACUGUAUUUUUCUGCAUUAUAAUAAUUGAAGUUAUCUUGAAUAGUUUUCAAUUUAUUGGUAUACUCACUUACACAAGUUGUGGAAUCCUGUUCUUCAUAAAGCUGUUAGUUACCUCAAAAUCGUAAUUUGUAUCACAACUCGAUGUGAAAUAUUUUUUUUAUUGUUACUGAUAGGAGUCUAGUACAUAACUGAAAUUUACAUUAACAACCUUGUACUGAUCGAACAAUUUGCUGCGUUCAAAUAUUUAACCAACAUCUGAUUUUAUUAUAUCGCACCCCAAUCACUAUUUUUCAUUUUACAGUAUUAUAUUAUAUCUUAUCUUAGGUUUUAAUAUGCUGAAUAAGUAUUUUUAAUCAAACAUUUUCUAUAUGUUAGCACGUUAUGUCAUAUUUUAAGUUAGUUUUUUUAUAUAGUUAACAGUAUUUACAGUUUAUUAAAAAGGUGAAGCGUUUUAUGAUACAUAUACCCAUUAAAUCGAUAGAAUAUAAACAAAAAUAUAACUAGGUUGCUAAAUCGGCUCCAUUUUGGAUCUUUUAGGAUGUAUAGAACUUCAAAUGCCUUUAUCCAUAAAUCAUUUUCAAAAUGACUUUUAAUACUCAAUGUAUGGCUCUAGUAACACUUCAAAAAAAGUCUUAAAUCAGUUCAAAAAUAUUUUACUGUAUGGUGACACUCCAUUUUGUAUCUUAUAGGAUGUAUAGAACUUUGAUCUUAAUCAUUAAAAAUUGCAGUGUUAAUUGAAAAAAAAUUAAACAUGCCCGACGUAUUUUCAAAUUUAGAAAAUCUUGACUGUUAACGUACUUUUGAAAAAAAUAUGUUUUAAUUAAAAUUUGUACAAAGCGAUUUAAAAAUGAGAUUUUCAUCUUAUAUUGUAAGUUAAUCCAUUAUUUCUAACUCGCUUCGUAUAAACCAAUUAUAUAAAAUAUACAGGCUGUCUCAAACUAUAUGGAUAAUAUAUUUUUAUCUGAUAUUUAAUUUGAGGCAUCCUGUACAUACAAUUGUAUCGAAAUUAUAUCUAUUCUACAGUAGCUUUUAAAAUUUGUAUAUACAUAUACUUGUUAUUUGUUACAUAAUACUGUACAUUCUAACUAUACGUUAAUUAUUUAAUUUAAUAAGAUCAUUAUAUUUCUACUACUAAA